UAUAAAGGAUGUAAUAAAUUGCACAUCUUGAGGUGUUCUUAUAAAAGUACACACUGCUGUAUAUGUCUAAGAAUGAUUUUGAUUUAAAUGAAAGGCGUGUUGUCUCUUUAGCAUCAGCAGUUGACAGCGGCAGGGCGAAAGGUCAGCCGGAGUGAAACUAAUUGAAUAUGAGUGCACAUGCAGCGAGCUGUCUAGUUUAGUGUACAGACCUGCCCAAUGACGAGCAGGGCGUCCGGAAAGAGCCAUACCCGUAUAAACGUGAAGGACUUUGGUUAAAAAAAACUCUAUCAGCGGUAUCUAAAAUACAUAUUUCACUGGAUUUUUCUCAUCGCAACCUGGGUUUUGUAUUUAGAUGGUGGUGGUCUUUUAUUUCAUUACCGCCGCGAUGGAGUUUGUGGUCAGUACGUUUUUGCUUUUGUGUGUCGGGUUUAAUCUGCUCCUGUCCCGAAGCGAGGGCGGGUGUGUGGAUUCGGGACUGUGUUGCGCAGGUAGAGACCACACCUGCGUCAGCGAGGGAUGGAGACCCGACAGGUCCCACGGGAGCUGCUACUGCGAUCAGGCGUGCGCAGCCACGCUGGACUGUUGUCACGAUUACCAACAAGCGUGUCCAGGUAAGACUGUCCUGGAGUACAAGAAACAUAACAUUUCUGUACAUUUUGUGCAAAGAAAAAAGUUAAUAGGAGCCCAAAUAAUAAUAAUAACACAUAGAUAGCCUGCUUUUUUUAAGAUAAUUGCACAUAAUAUUACAUGUAUAAAAUGUAUUAAAUGUUUAUUGAUUUUAUAUGGGGAUUACAGCGUGUCCCAAGUAGAAUAUAUAGCACUUUGCACCUUCGUUAGUGUCUGUUGCUGGGACCUUUUGCAGUGACGUCAGGGGCGCUCCUGUUAAAUCUGAAACAGAAACCGGCUUUUCAUACUUGUUAAUUGUUUAUAUUUAUGUGACCUUAAUUUAAAAUCUGUGAGCUGAACAUAUAUUUUUUUGUCCCUGUCAAAAUCAGGUUUCGCUAUUUUGUAUUCACAUUUUCUCUCCGUACAAAACUGUUGCAGUGUGCUCAACAAGUUGAAGGCACAGUCAUUUAUUAUACGAAAAUAAAAUCAAGAGACUUCUAGAUUACUCGUUUAAUAAUUCUGAUUAUGUUUUCAAUAAUUAAUAAAUAUUCAAAUAUUAAUAAAUAUUCUGUUUAACCCUCCUGGACCAGCCUAGUUACCCUUUGUUGCUGUUGUGUUUUCAUUAACAGUCAAUAACCCAUUUAAUAUGAAUAAACAAUCUUCACGUCAAUGAAAGGGAGCUAGUGAUUGGUAAUAUUAAGGUGGGAAAAUGGGGUUGAAAUAUCCUAUUAUUUUAACUGAUUAUUAACAUUUAGCCAGACAUAGGUUCUCCCAUAACAUUUUACAAUUAUCCUUAUAUAGCAUAUUCUCCUAACUAAAUUACAAUUCUACAAUGCACAUUAUGUAUACACCCUAUUUACUGAAUGUGUUUUGUUUGUGUUUAUUAAAUUAGCUUAAACAAAGCUUUGAAAAAUUAGAAUAAACUAACAAUCCUCUCUCAAACAGUUGGAAAAGGGUUAGUGAACUACAACUGAAGUUAUUCAUAUCAUUUAAGCAGGCCUAUGAAAGAUGUAUCCAAGGCAAUGUAAAUGCACUCAAAUGCUGUGCUGCAGCGUUCCUCACUCAGGUCAGACUGUAUGGUUUCGCUGCAAUGACGCUGUGUUUUGCCGGUCAGCGGUGUCCUGUGAGGUCAGUGAAUGGAGUGCGUGGUCUGGCUGUGCGGAGCCCUGUAAAGCCACGUUCCGUGUGCGGAGGAGGCGGGUGGUCCGGGAGCCGCAGAACGGGGGGGCGGCGUGCCCCCAAGUGCAGGAAUACGCUGGCUGUGCGGAGUACUGGAGCCGCCAGAGAGAGGAGUGCUGGCAGUCCUUCGUCCCUGCACUGAUAACGACAGGGGGUUACGGGAACGCCAGGAGAAAAAGGGACGUGCCCACGGACCAGGAGAUACCAGGGUACUGUGUAGAGUUUCAGCUGACGUUUCUCACUCCUGGCUGUCUCCACACCAGCGGCUCGCACACACGCUGGAUGCAGUACCUGAGGGAGGGGCACACUGUCUGUGUGGAGUGCCAGCCCCCAGCCCUCAGCUCCAGGCACCAGCAGUGCUAUGGGGAUGGACAGGAUGCGAAGAAGAAUCAGUUUCUCCAGUGGCAGGCUGUGGGCGCCCAGCAUUGCCGAGGAACAUGGCAGCGCAUUCGAAGACUCGAGUCCUGCACCUGCCCCACCGUGCACAGCUUCCUAUUCAUCUGAACCGGAGCUCUCGCUGAGAUGCGGGGGUCACACGGCUUCACCAGUUAGCACAGGCUCCGAGUGCGUGUGAUACACGCCAAGGCCACAUCUAGAGUAGACAUGAUGAUAUUAGAUCCGUUGUUCGGUUUGUAAAUCCGGUGUUUUAUCACAAUACUCUAAUAUUUCUACCUGAGAAAUUAAAUGACUGUGUGGCAAAUUGAGCUCCCUCAGUGAAGGACAGGACACUCUGAAAGGGGUGUGUGCUUUUAAAUGGAGAUGUGUUUCUGAACGCCUUCUAGUGUUUCUUAGAAACUCCUUGCUGUACCUGUGCUUGUCCCUUGUGCUCUGAGUCACAGCAAUAUGUUUCUCAAAGUAAUUAGAUUUUCUUUCAGAUUCAGGCAUCAUGGUGCUCAGAAACCACCUCGGGAAUAUAUUUCUCAACUUUUACUGUGAAUCGUUCGCCAGGAGAUAGAAAUUGUCUCCCGAGCAUCUUAGUGUAUCCAGCCCCUCUUGCAACAGUGCUGCUGGUCCUCUGAGAGAAAGCAGUGGGAUAUGGAGGAGAGGGCGCAUGAUCUUGUGUGAGAAAUUCCUUUUCUCCCGUGGUGAAGUUUAGAAAUACAACAGCUCAUUUAGGAUGUGUGAAAGAAUAUCAGGAUUACAUUGUAAAAUGUAUUGCCCCAAUACGGACUGCACACAUACAGGACAGGGAAUGCAGCUCCUGUAAACAUUGCAAGGGGCUUUGUAACAAUCUGUAACACUUUAAAUGUUCUGCCCAGGAAAGAAUUGAUGUGUGUUUCAGAUUUCAAAGUAAAAAACAAGGGCAGGAAUUGUUUGUGGUAGAGCGGGCCAUUCUAGAAAACAGCGAGCAGUGUUUUUUACAGUGGAAAUUGCUGUGAGGUUUUGCUAUGGUCCUUUAGACCCCCCAGUCUGUAGUGUCAUGUUUCCAUUGUUAAAACUCUUCAAAAUAGUUUACCAUUCUACCAACAGUACAAUCCUACCACUGGAGCUGUCCUUGUGCUACCAUUACCCCUUUGUACAAAACCACAGCUUCAUUGCAAUUCAAGUUUGCAUUAUAUUGAAAAUACUGGAGUACCUUUUUAAAUGUAUAGCUAACUUUAAUAUCAUUUGUCUACAGACACAAUGUCCUUAUAGUAUUAAAAUCAACACACCUUUUUAUGUAAAAUGAGUGAACCAUUCUGUGCCCUAACAUGUUAGAAUGCUAUGAUUGUGUUAGACACAGUGACAUUUUACCAGGAAACUUAGAUAACAAUUUGAGAGCUGGCAAACUUGUGUGAUGGGAGGUUGCUUCUACCUAGCGAUUACUGCAUGAAUAAAGUAUGCUUGUUGAGUUUUUGAUGACUAUGGAGCAUAUUAUACAUGUAUGUAUGUUGUGUUGAAAUUGGUUUCGUUAUUGAAAUACUUGUAAACAAGAUCUAGUUGGUACAAAGCCAAAUGAUCAAUUAGAGAUAUCUGAAAUUACAUUUCAAGAUUUCUAUAAAUAUCUCUUAAAUAAGAUAGCUAUAAAACAUGCAGAUAUCGGUACAUUAAUUGAAGAUAUAUAAAUUCGAUUUAGAGAUAAAAGUGCGUGUGUUGUAUGCUACCGUAUUGGUACCUGACUGUGCACAGUAUAUAUUCCAAAUUAAAUACAUUGUGUCACCAUUCUGUUAAGUGUUCUAAAUGUAUUUCUAUAGGGUGAUACACUGGCAUUACAACUGUCUAAUUAUAGAAAGCUGCAAUUUGUCAUUCGUUAAGGAAGCACAGACUCGUUCGUGGCAGACAUUGUAAAUGAACACAUGGUAGGUACAAGGAGCAGCGCAGCAGUGCCGUUCGCAUGUGGCUAGCAUGCGCCACCUUUAAAAGGAUGUACUGUUCUUAAAGCUGUGCUGCUGUAUUUCACAAACAUUACAUUCUUCAGAAAAAUCGCUAACAUUGUGUGCUUGUCAAUCGAAUUACUAAAUUCAAUAGUAAUGCAAUAGUAAGUAAGUGGUAAACGUGUUCUGCAUUCUAAAGUCAGAAAAGUCAAAAUGUUAAACUGAAUAAAAAAAAAAAUUCUAGUUAAAAUUAAAAAAAAAAACUGAAGACCGGCUUUGUUUUGUAUUAAGCGCUACACACAGUAAGUUCGAGUUAAAACCACCCUAUACCAUAGUUAAAUAAGUAUAAUGAACCUCUAUAGCUUAUUUUAAUGUGGAACUACUGCAUCAGAACAGUUUCACUUAAAACAGCAGAGCAGUGCAUCCAUUGCUAGAACGUUGUCAGUCUGAUUAUCAAAUGGGCAAUACUGUAAAAGAACACUGCGUGAAACUGACCCAAGAAAACCAAAGCAGAAUAUAAAAGGGGACUAUAUUGUAUUGACUUUAUUUAUGAUUCUGUAUGCAGUGGGGAACAUUGCUUUUUAAAAUCCUUAGACAUUUAACAUAUUUUACAAGACAAAUACAGGAUCUGUAUGUCACACAUUGUUCACAGUUCCAUACCACUACAUGCACAGAACAACAGCACUCUGUACAGAAACAACUGGAUAGAAAGUGAACAAGUAAAAACUAAGUAAUAAAAUAAAAAAAGAACUUCAAGACAUACAAGCAACAUUACAUCAUUAUGGGAUGUUUGGGAUUGGUGUGUAUAUUUAGACAUGUCAUUUUUAUUUCUCUGAAAUGUUAGGGUGUUAGAAUUUAAGAGAAGCCUAAAUGUUUUGUUUUUUUAACCCCAUCACAACAUGUUUAUUUUGUGUUUUAAGAACAGGCUAAUUUGGAAACGUAACUGGGGGGAGGGAAAGUAAUUUUGAAAUUAGAAGUCUUUAUUAAGAUGUCAAAUUAAACAGAGAAGCCCCCAAGUGGUUAAGAUCUAGUGCUCUAAUAGUUUAGAUUGCAGGAGAUACAAAUGAACGCGUCGGGUUAAUACUGAAGUUGAAAAGUAAACUUCUGCAGCCUUUCCACGUUUCACAAUUGAAAUUCUAAUUCCAAAAAAAAUACAGAUAAAUAAAAGUGUCCUUUUAAAAUAAGUAUUAUCGAACUUGAUGCUUUUGAUGCUAUAUAGGGAUAGGAUCAGUAAGGUUCUUUGAAGGAGAAUGAUUUACACCCAGAGGUGCCCUGUAAAAUCAUUAAGGGCUAACCUGCAUGCUGCAAUUGUCACUUUUUAACAAAUCAGAGAAACAAGUGCUCUGCAGACCUUGGUAAGGCUUGUGAAAAUCUACUUAGUUGUUUAACGAACCCCAUAUUAGGUUUUGAACCCAUGCUGCACACAUUUGAAAUUGAUACAACAAAUCCUGCUAAAAAGAAAGCAUGUCUUUUCUCCCGUCUUCUUAAUAGUUACCCAUAUGUCUUACGUUACAAUAUCUAACCUAAGAAAUUCCUGGUGUUUUUAUGUAUCAGACCUGUCGUCAAUGUUCAAUGUUGUCCACAGUGUCAAAGAAAAGCAGCAAGCACCACCAGCCCAAGCAGCCGUUACCUUACUUGUUUCCCAAUCAACACUAUUGAUCCCAAUUUGACAGGACCUGGUUUCAGCAUCGGUUAGUGCAGUCCUUCACACUGUUUGUUCUCAUUGGCUUGCCCAAGCUUGUAUUUUGAGGAGAAAGAUUUAUAGAGAUAUAAUACAUAGGCUUUCACCCAAUGGCACUCAUUAACCUCUCUAUAACACUACUCAGUUCCCACCGAAAUGUAAUCCAUAUAAAAAAACAGGAAUGUCAAGAUAAAUAUAUUUUU